AUCCAACUUGGUAGCAUUAUUUACUCAUAUUCUGGCAGGUUUAUUGCUUGUAGGAGGUGGAUGGCGCCGCCGUUUGGUGGAGGCACAUGUUAGGGAAGCAGCAAGUGUAGGACCCUGCGCGGUUGGGCCUGGGGUUUGUGUGAGCCGGGCGCUUGCAUUCAUGGAGAGGGUGGCCGCUUUCUCCGCUCUGCUGCUGGCUAGGAGCGGCAGGCCUGGCGGCUUGUUGCUGGAGCGGCGGAGCGCGGGGUUUUGCCGGGAGGGGGUGCAGGCGGCGCGCAGUCUGAGCAGCCGGGCCGAAAGGCAGCUGCUGGGGAGGAUCAUUCGAGUGGAUCAUGCGGGGGAAUACGGGGCUACUCGUAUUUAUGCGGGCCAAAUGGCGGUGCUAGGCCGAACCUCGGUGGGGCCGGUGAUACAGCAAAUGUGGGAUCAAGAAAAAGAACAUCUGGAGAAAUUCAAUGAAUUGAUAGUUGAUCACAGAGUUCGACCAACCCUACUUAUACCUAUCUGGAAUAUUGCAGGGUACAUGUUGGGAGCUACAACAGCCCUUUUAGGAAAAGAAGGUGCCAUGGCCUGUACCGUGGCAGUGGAAGAGAGUAUAUCACAGCAUUAUAACAAUCAGAUCAGGACGUUAAUGGAAGAUGAUCCAGAAAGACACAAAGAAUUACUUGAAAUAUUAAAGAAAUUCAGAGAUGAAGAACUGGAACAUCAUGACACAGGAUUAGCACAUGAUGCAGAAAUGGCACCUGCUUAUUCAUUAUUGAAGAAUAUAAUACAAGUUGGAUGCAAGGCUGCCAUCUACAUAUCUGAACGCAUUUAAACACUUCCUCCAUAAAAUUGUUUCUCUGUACAGUCUGUAAUAUAGAUUAUGAAUAUGUAACAAAAUAGAUUAAUGUCUACUUUUUUUGAUAUUCAGUAAUGCUGCAAUUUUUUUCAAUUAUGAAGGUAAAUGUCUCUAUGUAUGCAGGUUUUUCCCUUGGUGGUUAUUUUCCAGGGUUUACUGCCACCUCAUGAUUAAUUGGGCUUGUGAGAAAUUCCUCUUGCUACCUAAAUAUUGAGGAAGUAUUUGGACAUUUCACCAGAGCACCAUAAAAUUGUAAACUGAAUUAAAGUUCUGAUGAGAUGUAUAUGUGUUCUCACAGAGUCAGCUGUAGAUUUCCUCCAUGAUCAGACCCAAAUAGUUCAGAGGUAAGGGUAUUGUCCUGCUCAGUUGGUUAGCCCAAGUUGGGCAGUAGAUCAGGUAAUUAUGUUAGAGAAGGAAAAAAUGGUCAAGAGUUUUUAACCACUGGUUUAGUAAUCCCUGGCCAUGAUUUAUACUAUCAGCUGCUUUGUCCAUGCUGAAUGUCAAGAUUCAGGUGAACAAUAGUUAUUUGGGAGAAGGACUGGAGGACACCUUGAAACCAUACCUGUAAAAGAAGUCUGUAUCAUAAGGAAUUGCACUGCUUAUUUUAAUUGUUAAUAAUCCAGUGAAACUUAACUAAUAGUUGCAAAAAGAUAGCAUGUUUUGUGAUCUGGAGUUAAAUUUUGAAUCCUUAAGCAAUUAUUUAAUAUUUUAUUGUGCCUUUAGGAAAAUGUAUAUUUGAAAACGUCUUAAAAUAUACUUCCUGAUAACUUUCUCCCAAGCUGUUUAAAAUCUGUGCAUGCAUUUCCAAGCUGCAUCUGCUGGGGUCAGUAUGCAACAAAUUAAACAGAGAGGUUUUCUAUUUGCUCUGUAUUUGAAUAUUGUAAGCUUUGCAGUAUCUUCAUUUAGCAACAUUCCCUUACAGCAGUUGACUUAUUUCAGUUCCUGCUAGCAAGAAUAUUUAACAAAAGCCUAAAUCAUAUAUAAAUUAUUUACAAAUGUAUUUGUAUGACUGAGUUUCAGUUGGAAUCAAAAUACCCAUGUUUACUGAUGAUACAAAACUAGUGUAGGUUGUGACUAGGAUGCAGAGAGGCAUUUAUUCAGAUUUCCAAAUAAUCUGGCGCAUUCAGGGCUUUGGUGCUGAACUAUCAGCUGUUAUUCCUAUUCAUACUCCAAAACACCUUGAGUUCAAUUUCUUUUUUAGCUGUUACACCAUAGUUUUUAGACACAUCUGUAAGUUUAAAGGCAGCUCAGGAAACAUAGUCCUGGUAACUCUCAAAGGAGUGUGGGCAGCAAACCAGGUAAGUUUGAAGGGAACCUGGGAACCAGACACUGAACCAUCUGUAUUUUUGGAUAACGGAUUAUCAGAGUUUUACUGUCGCCAAGCAAGGUGGGUGGGUGAAGAUCCCACACUGAAGUGAAAAUAAUAAAAAGAACACUUAAGGAAA